UCCACAGGUGGACUGUGAGUGUCGCUGUGACUGGAUGAACCCGUCUGACCACCUGUCCGCUGAUCCAUCAUCCCUCCAUCGCUGCAGCCGUCAGAGGAAGGAUCUGAUGAGAGAGGAGAGAAGAGACGACCUGCGAUGGCCGGCGCAGCUGAUGGUGUAGGCAGUCUGGGUGCAGAGCAGAAUCACCUGAGCGUCCCCGUCACAGAUCAUGGAGCCUGGGCAACGGCCAUGAACAACAUGGGCAUCAUGCCUGUGGGCAUCAGCGGGCAGCAGCUGGUCUCAGACUCUCUGUGCAUCCAGAGGUUCGACCCCGGGUUGGGACUCAUCGCUCCCAUAAACCCCCUGAUGGCGGGCAUCAGCCUGGUUCCGCCCCCGCCCGUACCCCCCGACAUGCCGCUCAUCAAGGAGAUCAUCCACUGCAAGAGCUGCACUCUGUUCCCCCAGAACCCCAACCUGCCCCCUCCGUCGACUCGGGAGCGGCCCCCCGGCUGUAAGACAGUGUUUGUUGGCGGUCUGCCGGAGAACGCCACAGAGGAGAUCAUCAGGGAGGUGUUCGACCAGUGUGGUGACAUCAUUGCCAUCCGCAAGAGCAAGAAGAACUUCUGCCACAUCCGCUUCAGUGAGGAGUUCAUGGUGGACAAAGCUCUCUACCUGUCAGGGUACAGAAUGCGUAUCGGCUCCAGCACUGAUAAAAAGGACUCGGGGAGGAUCCACGUAGACUUUGCCCAGGCCAGAGAUGACCUGUAUGAGUGGGAGUGUAAACAGCGCCUACUGGCACGAGAGGAACGCCAUCGCCGCAAAAUCCACGAAGACCGACUGCGACCACCGUCUCCUCCUCCCAUAGUGCACUUCUCUGAACACGAGGCGGCCAUGUUGGCAGAGAGACUGAAAGAUGACAAUAAGUUCAGCGAGGCCACGGCGGUGCUGUUCACCUGGAUCGACCGCGGCGAAGUCAAUCGACGGACCGCCAAUAACUUCUACUCCAUGAUCCAGUCGGCCAACAGCCACGUCCGGCGGCUGAUGAGUGAGAAAGCUCAGCACGAGGAGGAGAUGGAGCGCGCCAAGGAGAUCUUCAAGAACGCCCUGCUGGCCAUCUUAACCCAGUUCGAGCAGAUCACCGCCGUUUUCACCGCCGCCACCAGGCAAAAGGCAUGGGACCAUUUCUCAAAAGCACAGCGCAAGAACAUAGACAUUUGGCGCAAGCAGUGUGAGGAGCUGAGAAACGCCCACAGUGAAGAGAUCAUGGGCAUCAGAAGGGAGGAGGAGAUGGAGAUGUCAGACGACGACUUGGAUGAAAAUCCCUGUAAGAGGAUGCGCACGGAGGAGAACGGAGUGUGUGAUCAGACUCAGGCGUCUCUGAAGGAGGAGAACGACUCUCUGCGAUGGCAGCUGGACGCCUACAGGAACGAGGUGGAGCUGCUGAGAAAGGAGCAGAGUAGAACCAGCCGACCGGACGACGAUCACACACAGACACACCCACACAGCGCAGAAACUCAGAUCCAGCUGCUGCAGCAGAACAUGCACAACAUGCAACAGCAACUGCUGAGCCUGCAGGAGAAGCUGAAGAGUAAAGAAGCGGAGCUGGAGCAGGCGAGAGAGGAGCACCGCUACCUGGAGGGGGAGGUGCUCGCCCUGAGAGACAAGCUGCUGAACGGGAACGUGGAGGCUGUGGAGGGAACCAACGGAGAGCUCCAUGAAAAGGUGAUGAACGGGUGUGUCCCUUCAGUGUACCUGAGCAGAGAGCGGAGGAGUGAGGUCAUCAUGAGAGGAGGAGUGGCCUCAGAGAAGGAGGCUCUGCUGCUGGGCAUUAUAUCGACCUUCCUCCACGUCCAUCCAUUUGGAGCCAACCUGGAGUAUCUGUGGUCGUACAUACAGAGACUGGACUCAAAGGUGUCUGCAGGGGACCUGGAGCGUCUCAUGGUCCGUCUCCCCAGCAUGUUCAAGCAGGAGCUGAGCGGCGUCGGGGCGACUCUAGAGAAACGAUGGAAGUUCUGCGGUUUCGACAGCCUCGGCUCGGCGUGACGCAGGGGGAACGCACACACACACACACACACUGAGAACACACACUGAUGUGUACAGACACACUGAAUCUGCGUGUGUGUGUGCGCGUUCAUCCACGCUGGAUAUACACCGCAGUGUGUGGAGGAGACGGACAUUCACACAGUUCCCCUCUGGAGUCACUGCAGAUAUUCAUCACAGUGAACUGAAACAGGACACUCGGACCUGAAGACGUACUUCCGUCAACAUCUUCACUCUGAUAAUGUUGACGGGGUCUCUGAACCUUAAUCAUGUCCCCGGUUGUCUUGUUGUGGGACACCUGGAGUAUAAAACCCAAACAGACAGAAAGAAAGAAAAGUUAUACCAAAGUUGAUCCUUAACACGUUUGGUUAAAACCAAACUUUGUUACUUUUAUCAACAAAAUAAGAGCAUUCAUUGACCCCUUUGUCCAGAUAUCGGCUCUUUAAUAUCUUGUGGCGUGACGGGACCACAGACAAUGUCCUUCCUCUUUGCGACACUCCAGGGUUUGUUUGGAAAUGUAGCAGAAAAAUCUCAACCCAAUUUCAGAAGUUUACACACCAACUGUUAAAAUCUGUCACCUGACAAACAGAAACUUCUCUGUUGAGUCUGAUCUGGGUUAAAGCCACCAUGGACCUUUAAGGGAGCUUUCAGCCCUAGAGUCGUCUCCUUUGCUCUGAAUCAGGGACUCAUGUUGUUCCAAAGUUGUAUAAUUGCCUAGAGUUGGUUC